CUCUUCUUCCACUUCUUCUAGCAUCUUCUCUAGCACACAUCAAUUUCUGCUUCAUCUAGCUUCAGGUUGAUCUGUGAAAGCUAGCCAUGGCUUCAUGGGUUAGAGCUGCUUCAAGCAUAUCAAAAAAUGGUACCAUCAGAAGGAAACUUCUUUCAUUGCAGAACAGAAAGAUUCACACCACAAACUUCAACCACAAGGCAGUACAGCAAGCUUCAGCAUCAGUGCCUCUUUCAAAGCUCACAGAUAGCUUCUUAUAUGGCACAGGAAGUGCAUACUUAGAAGAGCUUCAAAGAUCAUGGGAAUCUGACCCCAAAAGUGUGGAUGAUUCCUGGGACAUCUUCUUCACUAAUUACCUUAGCCAUAAAAGACCAACCAUGUCUUCUGAGAUAUCAACCCCGACAAUCCAUGACAGUAUGAGUCUAAUGUUUUUAAUAAGAGCCUACCAAGUUAAUGGUCACCUAAAGGCCAAGCUUGACCCUUUAGGAUUGGCUGAGAGAGAGAUACCAAGAGAGUUAGAUCCUUCAUAUUAUGGGUUUUCUGAGAGUGAUUUGGACAGAGAGUUUUAUGUGGGGGUGUGGAAGAAUAUUGAUGGGUUUUUAGCAGAGAACCGGCCAGUUCAGACACUGAGAGAGAUAGUGAGGAGGCUUGAGGAUGUUUAUUGUGGGAGCAUAGGGUAUGAGUAUAUGCACAUAAGUGAUUAUGAGAAAGUGAAGUGGCUAAGAGACAGGAUUGAGACACAAGAAGCUGAGAAAGUUGAAUUAGAUCCACAUCACAGGCUUGUGCUUCUAGACAGGCUUGCUUGGAGUUUGAUGUUUGAAGUCUUCUUGGGCACCAAAUGGUCUUCUGCUAAGAGGUUUGGGCUGGAAGGAGCAGAAACUCUGAUUCCAGGCGUGCAGGAAGUGAUAGACAGAGCUGCAGAUUUUGGAGCAGAGAGCGUAGUUCUGGGCACAACCCACAGAGGAAGAGUCAAUGCCUUAGGCACAGUCGUCAAAUUGCCUCUCAGGAGAAUCUUCUGUGAGUUCAAAGGCACUCUAAAUUCACCCCACGUCACACAGUUCACCGGCACCGGCGACGUCAAGCACCACAUCGGUGCCUCCUACGACCACACCACCAUUAACGGCAGAAAAGUUCACAUCUCCAUCCCUUCCAAUCCUAGCCACCUCGAAGCAGUAAAUCCCGUAGUUGCUGGAAAAACCAGAGCCAAACAAUAUUACUCAAAUGAUCUAACCAGAACAAAAAACAUGAGCAUUUUGAUUCAUGGUGAUGGGAGCUUGCCUGGGCAAGGUGUGGCUUACGAGAAUAUGCAUUUGAGUGCUCUUCCUAAUUACUCUACUGGUGGAACUGUGCACCUCGUGUUGAACAACCAGGUUGCCUUCACUACUGAUCCUGUUUCUGGAAGGUCUUCUGAGUAUUGUACUGAUAUUGCUAAGGCGUUUAAUGCCCCCGUGUUUCAUGUUAAUGGGGAUGACAUGGAAGCUGUCGCUCGUGCGUGUCGUCUCGCCGCCGAGUGGCGCCAGAUUUUCCAUUUGGAUGCGGUGGUUGACGUUGUCUGUUACCGGAGAUUCGGUCAUAAUGAAAUUGAUGAGCCCUUCUUCACACAGCCCAUGUUGUACAAGGUGAUAAAGAAUCAACAAACAGCUCUUGAGAUAUAUGAGAAGAAACUCGUUGGCUUGGGAGUAGUGAAACAGGAAGAGGUUGAUGGUAUAUACAAUAAGAUUAAUGCAACUCUUAAUGAAGAAUUUUUGGCCAGCAAAGAUCAUGUUCCAGAUCGAAGGGACUGGCUUUCAGCUAAUUGGAGUGGAAUCAAGUCUCCUGAUCAACUUUCUUCUAUAAGAAACACGGGAGUGAAACCAGAUAUUUUGAAGGAAGUAGGUAAAUCAAUUACAAGAAUUCCAGGAAGUUUCACGCCUCACAAAGCAGUGAAGAAGUUUUAUGAGCAACGAGCCCAGAUGAUUGAAACAAGAGAAGGACUAGACUGGGGAUUUGCAGAAGCGCUUGCUUUUGCAACACUGAUAAAAGAAGGUCACCACAUUCGUCUGAGUGGUCAGGAUGUUGAAAGAGGCACGUUCAGUCAUCGCCAUUCCAUAAUCCAUGAUCAACAAACUGGUCGGAAGUAUUGUCCCCUUGACCACGUUAUUCCACAUCAGAGACAAGAAACUUUCUUGGCAACUAAUAGUCCGCUUUCAGAGUUUGGUGUGAUGGGAUUUGAACUGGGAUAUUCAAUGGAAAGCCCUAAUAGUUUGGUGAUGUGGGAAGCUCAGUUUGGGGAUUUUGCAAAUGGGGGUCAAGUCAUAAUUGAUAAUUUUCUGAGCUCAAUGGAGGCAAAGUGGCUUCGCCAAACUGGUCUUGUUCUCUUGCUUCCUCAUGGUUAUGAUGGUCAGGGUCCUGAGCAUUCCAGUGCUAGAUUGGAACGCUUUCUUCAGAUGAGCGAUGAGAAUCCAUUUGUUAUCCCUGAGAUGGAUCCAAAUGCGAGUAAGCAGAUUCAAGAAUGCAAUUGGCAGGUGGUCAAUGUCACAACUCCUGCUAAUUACUUUCAUGUUCUAAGGCGCCAGAUGCAUAGGGAAUUCAGGAAGCCUCUGAUUGUAAUGUCUCCCAAAUAUCUUCUUCGUCACAAAGAAUGCAAAUCAAACUUGUGUGAGUUUGAAGAGGGUACCAGAUUUAAGCGCCUUCUAAGGGAUCAGAACAACCACUCUGACCUCAACAAGGAUAUUAGACGUCUCAUUCUUUGCUCUGGAAAGGUGUAUUAUGAUCUUCAUGAAGAGAGGAGAAAGAUUCAUGGAAACGACAUUGCAAUUUGCAGAGUGGAACAACUUUGUCCCUUCCCAUAUGACCUCAUUCAGCAAGAAUUGAAAAGAUAUCCAAAUGCAGAGGUAGUUUGGUGCCAAGAAGAGCCAAUGAACAUGGGAGCAUAUUACUACAUGUUACCUCGGUUAUGGAGUUGCAUGAAAGCAUUGGGAAGAGGAAAUAUGGAAGACAUUAAAUAUGUUGGGAGGGCCCCAUCUGCAGCCACAGCUUCUGGGUUCUAUAAGAUUCAUCAAAUGCAGCAAUCUGAGAUUCUUCACAAAGCCUUCCAUUCCCAACCAAUCAACUACCCAUUCUGAGCCACCAAAUUUUUAAGGGUGAAACUGAAAGCCAGAUAUUUUUCAAGAACCAAUAUAUAUUCCAUUGGUAUGUUAUGCUUCUGGGACCAAAUAUGCCUAGCAUGAAUCAUGUAUCACAGUGUGGAUAUAUAUCAUAUAAUCAGUGUUAUAAGAAUUAUUUUAACACUGCUAAGAUCUUCAGUUUGGAUAAACAAACAUUUUUUUUUAGUUGUUUUAGGUAAUUUUAAAGAUGUAAUAUUUCACUUCGACGUAAAAUACUCAAAUUUUUAUUUUUAAAAUAUUUUGGUAAAAA